AUGAUAUUCCCUCCAGUUUUCUUUACAAGUAUGAUCCACGUGAUGGUUCACUUGCUAGAAGAGGCAUUGCUUGCUGGUCCUGUCAACUAUCGAUGGAUGUAUCCAAUAGAAAUGCUUCUCGGAGAGCUGAAAAAAACUGUACGCAACAGGGCGAAGCCCGAAGGAUCAAUUAUAGAGCCUUGGGUUCAAUAUGAGUCACUUACUUUGUAUGAAAUGUAUUUAAAAGAAGUGGACAUGACUUUCAAUCGUCCUCAGUGCAAUAAUGACAGAGGUCUGAGAAAUGAGAAACUUUCUAUUUUUUCCCAAAGCGCUCGUCCCUUUAGAGAUCCUGUACGAGGAGAGUCGUUUUCCAGAAAUGACAUGGAGGUAGCGCAUUGGUUCGUACUGAACAAUUGUGAUGAGAUAAUGGCAUACUUAGAUGAGCAUGAAGAUAUGAUGAAACGAGAACAACCAUCACAUUUGUAUGCCAAGAAACAUCGUGAAUUGUUUCCACAAUGGUUUUUGGAUUUUGUGAAUAAGUUAAAACCAUCGAAUUCCCCCUCUUACAGUGAAGAGUUAUAUAACUUGGCGUUCGGCCCGAUUCGCACUAAAUUGUUCUUAGGUUGCCAUGUUAGCAAUGUCAAGUUUUUGGGGACUGCACGAGAUGACAAAUUGUGUACGCAAAACAGCGGUGUCCAUGUCCCAGGUGGAGGCAAAAGUACGGACAUUGAUUUCUAUGGCAAACUCACAACUAUCGUGCAAUUGCUUUACAAAAACCGAUACCAAGUGAUCAUGUUUAAGUGUCGAUGGUUUGAUACAAACCCAAAUAGGCAGGGAAAUGUUAAAAUCGACCAUGGCUUACUAUCAGUGAACAUGAACAGAACUUUGUAUGAUGAUGACCGUUACAUUUUGGCAAACAUGGCAAAACAGAUUGUGUAUCUAGAUGACCCUAAAGCCGGGAGCGGUUGGAAAGUUGUUCAACAGAUGGAUCAGAGGAACAUGUAUGCUAUACCAGAACUAGACCCAAUUGACAACAACGUCGACAACUUCACUGACCAACGUUAA